GAGGUAGUUUUUGAGGAAGGAUCAUAAAUAUCCUGGCCCAGUGGCCCAGGAGCCAUGACAAGCAAAAGGACGUACAUGCCUGGAGAUAGCCUUUGUGAUAUUUAAAUGUGUGGGUUAAUUUUUCAUCCAUUUUUCUAACUGAUUUUUCCCCUGUCUAGUUCUUUGCUUUCUAUUUCCGCUCUGAAGCUGUGGGCACAGGAGGCUCUGCAGGCAAAUUACUCCAGAGCACAUUUCAGGACAACCCUGUAAGGAAUAGUUGAAUUCUCAGCACCUGGAUUACUGCUCUUUUUCUGAAAUGGCAGGUGUGAGUGGCUGUCUAAAAUAUUCUAUGUUUAUCUUCAACUUCUUGUUCUGGCUAUGUGGUACUUUGAUCCUGGGAAUAGCAAUAUGGAUACGAGUAAGCAAAGAUGGCAAUGAGAUUCUCAGUUCUGGAAAAUCUGACAUCAACCCCUUUGUAGCUGCGAAUAUCUUGAUUGCUGUGGGUGCCAUUAUCAUGGUUAUGGGAUUCCUGGGAUGCUGUGGUGCUGUGAAAGAAAGCCGCUGCAUGCUUCUCUUGUUCUUCAUAGGCUUGCUUGUGAUCCUGCUCCUGCAGGUGGCUGCAGGUAUCCUAGGAGCUAUUUCCCAAACUGAGACUAAACGCAUUCUGAAUGAAACUUUCUAUGAAAAUGUAAACCUUCUGAGUCAAACAGGGAAUAAUGGAAAAGAAUUCCGGGCAGCCAUGACUGAAUUUCAAAAUAAGUUUGAAUGCUGUGGUUUGGUCAGUGGAGCUUCGGACUGGGGAAGUAAUUUUGAAUCAGUUUCUCAGUCAUGUGCAUGUGAAUAUUCAUCAAAUGUCUGUACAACAUAUAAAGGAAAAAGUGUUUAUAAAGAGACAUGCAUUUCUUUGAUAAAAGAAUCAGUAGAAAAACACAUUAUCAUAGUUAUUGGAAUAGCUUUUGGACUGGCAGUUAUUGAGGUACUUGGUUUGGUGUUUUCUAUGGUCCUGUAUUGCCAGAUUGGGAACAAAUGAACCUGUGAAUGAAGCCUUCAUCAGUCAAGCCCCUUGAAAAUUUUGCUUUGGCUUUAUAAUUAAAUUAAGUGAGUGAUACAUAGGUCAGAAGCAGCUUUCUUACUAAAAUAUCUCAUUUUGAUAGACCCCAAAUAUCUUCUUCACAUACCAAACAUAUUUAAGAUUUGACAUACAUAACAAGAAUUAUAUAAGUGUACAUUUUUACUCAAAGUAAAAAUAACCUUGUUUA